AUGCUGCAACGCGCCAACCAGUACGUCGCCAUCGAGGCACUGGUGGCGAGGAGGUGCGUGGAAGGCAAGAGGCCAUGGGCAGAAUUGUCCCGGGGAACGACCUCAGCAGCCUCGGCGACACCCCACCGCGGGCUCAGUCGACAAGAGCUAUCGCUCCCGAGGCCCCCGCCUCUCCCCCUAAAUACAUCCCACACCGAGAUCUUCCUCCAAAUCAAGGAGAAAGGUCUCUUGCAACAACCUCGUCCUAUGAAGGCCACUCAUAAAGAUCGAUCUAAAUAUUGCAGGUUCCAUCGGGACUACGGUCAUGACAUGGAGGACUACCGUGACCUCCAGAAUCAAAUAGAGGCACUAAUCCAGAGAGAUCACCUCGGACGUUACCUCAAUUCCUCGGAGGCGACUCCACGCCCGAAGGGACCCGUCGAGAGACAAAUUGACAUCAUCUCUGAGGAACCAGCGGCCGAUGGCAGCAACUCUACAGCGAGAAAGGCCUACGCCCGCAGCACUGUCGAGAAACGUCCCUGGCCCGAGCUUGAUCCCGAAAUCACCUUCGGGGCCGGGGAGGCCGAGCGCUCCCACCAUGACGACGCUCUGGUGAUCUCCAUCCAGAUCGCCAACGCCCGAGUUAAGAGGGUGAUGGUUGACACCGGGAGCUCCAUCGACGUUCUUCUUUACUUCGACGCCUUCGAGAAGCUUGGCUUGACCGAGGGAGACCUUACCCCUAUGACGUCAACCCUCACAGGAUUCACAGGGGACUCUGUUUCCCCCCUCGAGACCAUGGUCCUCUCCAUUAGCAUUGGGGAGGAGGCGAGGGCGAAGACGAUAAUAACCACCUUCAUGGUAGUCGACCUGCCCUUGGCCUACAACGUCAUCCUCGGCCGCCCAACGCUCAACAAGAUAAAGGCGGUGGGUCUCCACCUAUCAUAG